AAAAGGCGGGAAAACGCCGGGAGUUGGCAGCGGUGUCGGCGGGAGGGACAGAAGGGUGAGACUGUGAGGAGAAGUGUGGUGGGCAGAGGCGAAGGGGUCGUUUGCGUCUGCCUCGCCCCGCCCCGCCAGGCCCUCAGACCUGCGCGUGACGGGAAUUAGGGUGUUGCGCGUGGGGCUUCCCAGGGCUGAGAAGUCGUCCACUCUGCACUCGCUUGUCCCUGCAGCGCCGCACGCCCUCUCAGCGGCCCGUGGAAGUCCCCCGCGGGUUUGCCCCGUGGACGACCGUCUCGUCCGAGCCCCUUGGAGUUGUGCACCCACAGGGCCAGCGAACGCAUGGCCUCCCACGCAGCGACACCGACCGCGGCGCCGCAGGGCCCGGGACCCAGGGCAACCCCAGCCGGCUUCCCCAGCCCGCACCCCGAGUGGGGCCCGCAGGAAGCCGAGGACGAGGAUGCUGAGGAACCGGGCGAGGUCGCCCAGAGCUGGGGAAUCCAUCUGUGCGCGCUGUGGAAUGGAGGACACCUGGGCAUUGCAUACUAUGACACCAGCGACUCCACCAUCUACUUCAUGCCAGAUGCCCCCGACCAUGAGAGCCUCAUGCUUCUCCAGAGAGUUCUGGAUGAAAUCAAUCCCCAGUCUAUUGUUACAACUGCCAAACAGGAUGAGAGUAUGACUCAUUUUCUAGGGAAGCUUGCCUCUCAGGAACACAGAGCAUCAAAGAAACCUGAAAUCAUAUUACUGCCAAGUGUGGAUUUUGGUCUGGAGAUAAGCAAACAGCGCCUCCUUUCUGGAAACUACUCCUUCAUCCCAGAGUCUAUGACAGCUACUGAGAAAAUCCUCUUUCUCUCCUCCAUUAUUCCCUUUGACUGCCUCCUCACAGUGAGCUGGGACAUUAAUAUUUACCCCAGCUGCACUGCUGAUUCCCCCCAGAUUCGGGCUCUUGGAGGACUGUUCAAGUUCCUGGGUCGAAGAAGAAUUGGGGUUGAACUGGAAGAUUAUAACAUCAGUGUCCCUAUCCUGGGCUUUAAGAAAUUUGUGUUGACCCAUCUUGUGAGCAUAGAUCAAGACACAUACAGCGUCCUACAGAUUUUUAAGAGCGAGUCUCAUCCCUCAGUGUACAAAGUGGCCAGCGGACUGAAGGAGGGGCUCAGCCUCUUCGGAAUCCUCAACAGAUGCCGCUGUAAGUGGGGAGAGAAGCUGCUUAGGCUGUGGUUCACUCGUCCAACUCGGGACCUGGAGGAGCUCAAUUCCCGGCUGGAUGUCAUUCAGUUUUUCCUGCUGCCCCAGAAUCUGGACAUAGCUCAGACGCUGCAUCGGCUUAUGAGUCACAUCAAGAACGUGCCCAUGAUUCUGAAACGCAUGAAGCUGUCCCACACCAAGGUCAGCGACUGGCAUAUUCUCUAUAAGACUGUGUACAGCGCCCUGGGCCUGAGGGACGCCUGCCGCUCCUUGCCGCAGUCCAUCCAGCUCUUCCGGGACAUUGCCCAGGAGUUCUCCGACGACCUGCACCACAUCGCCAGCCUCAUUGGGAAGGUGGUGGACUUUGAGGGCAGCCUUGCUGAGAAUCGCUUCACCGUCCUCCCCAACAUUGACCCUGAAAUUGAUGAGAAAAAGCGAAGACUGAUGGGUCUCCCCAGUUUCCUCACUGAAGUCGCUCGGACGGAGCUGGAGAAUCUGGACUCACGAAUCCCUUCGUGCAGUGUCAUCUACAUCCCUCUGAUUGGCUUCCUUCUUUCCAUUCCCCGCCUGCCUUUUAUGGUGGAGGCCAAUGACUUUGAGAUCGAGGGACUGGACUUCAUGUUCCUCUCAGAGGAGAAGCUGCACUAUCGCAGCACUCGGACCAAGGAGCUGGACGCGCUGCUGGGGGACCUGCACUGUGAGAUCCGAGACCAGGAGACCCUGCUGAUGCACCAGCUGCAGUGCCAGGUGCUGGCGCGGGCCGCCGUCCUGACCCGAGUGCUGGACCUGGCCUCCCGGCUGGACGUGCUGCUGGCUCUCGCCUCUGCUGCCCGGGACUAUGGCUACUCAAGGCCCCAUUACUGCCCGGGACUCCAUGGGGUGCGAAUCCGGAAUGGCAGACAUCCGCUGAUGGAGCUGUGUGCCCGAACCUUUGUGCCCAACUCCGCAGAGUGCGGCGGGGAUAAGGGCAAGGUCAAGGUCAUCACGGGUCCCAACUCCUCCGGGAAGAGCAUAUUCCUCAAGCAGGUGGGCCUGAUCGCCUUCAUGGCCCUGGUGGGCAGCUUCGUGCCAGCAGAAGAGGCCGACAUCGGAGUGAUAGAUGCCAUCUUCACCCGAAUCCACAGCUGCGAUUCCAUCUCUCUGGGUCUCUCCACCUUCAUGAUUGAUCUCAACCAGAUGGCGAAGGCAGUGAACAACGCCACCGAGCAGUCUCUGGUCCUCAUUGAUGAAUUCGGAAAAGGAACCAACUCGGUGGACGGACUCGCCCUCCUGGCUGCUGUCAUCCGCCACUGGCUGGCACUCGGACCUGUGUGCCCACACAUCUUCGUGGCCACCAACUUCCUAAGUCUUGUGCAGCUCCAGCUGCUGCCACAGGGACCCCUGGUGCAGUACCUGACCAUGGAGACCUUCGAGGACGGGGACGACCUUGUCUUCUUCUACCAGGUGUGCGAAGGGGUUGCCAGUGCCAGCCACGCCUCCCACACAGCCGCCCAGGCGGGGCUCCCUGACAGCCUCAUCGCUCGAGCCAAAGAGGUUUCGGAUUUAAUCCACAGCGGGAAGCCCAUUAAGCCUGUUGAGGAGCUGUGGAGGGAGAACCGAAUGGCGAACUGUCAGGCACUGGUGGAGAAGUUUCUGAAGCUGGAUUUGGAAGAUCCCAGCCUGGACCUGGACACUUUCAUGAGUCAGGAGGUGCUGCCCGCAGCCCCCGGUGUCCUCUGAAUGAUCCCUCUGCCCUCCAGGGGCUCCUGCCCACUCCCAGCCCUGCAGACUCCAGUCUGGUGGCCUGGAAAGUUGGGUUUAUUGUUGGGAAUAAAGUCUAUUUUGGGUAAA